AAGAAGCCGAAGAAGAAGAAAUAAGCUGAUGCACUUGCCUAUUCUCUGUAGUAAUAACUAACUGAUUACUUUAUUACAGAAUUACUGAGAAAUAGCACUCGUUUGUCUGCGGGUCGAGUCCUCUGUAUAACAGGAAGAAAAUGCUCCUGUUCUGCCCAACAUGUGGAAAUGUGUUGGUCGUAGAAGAGGGUCAGAGAUGUUACAGAUUCGCCUGCAACACAUGCCCUUAUGUUCACAAUAUUACAAGGAAGGUCAACAACAGAAAGUAUCCCAAACUGAAAGAGGUGGAUGAUGUUCUUGGGGGUUCAGCUGCCUGGGAGAAUGUGGAUUCCACUGCAGAACCCUGUCCGAAGUGUGAGCACCCUAGGGCUUAUUUCAUGCAAAUACAGACCAGAUCUGCUGAUGAGCCGAUGACUACAUUCUACAAGUGCUGCAGCCCGCAGUGUGGCCAUCGGUGGAGAGACUGAGACUGACCAUGUGCUGUCCCAAUGGACCACCGCUUCACAGCCCUGGUCCUGGAGUACCCCCUCUUUUUUUUUCCUUUCCGUUUUUCUUUUUCUCCCCCAGAAUAGUGUUUUUCCUGCUCCCAUCAUUCCUGAUUGUAACUAAUCAUCUAAUUUCUGAGUUGAGGUGGGUGUGUUAGAGGAGGAAAAACAUUAAAGUGUGCACUACUUCAGGAGCAUUGUUGGGGAAAUCUGUGCUAUAGACUAAUCAGGAAUACUUUUCUCUGAUGGAACCUUUUUCUGUGUUUUAACCUAAAAUGUUCUGAGGUGAAGGCUGCUCUUCUGAAGACUAGGGCAAGCACCUGAAAUGUAUAUUCUUUAAGCUAUAAUUUACAUCAUCUUGCAGUAAUCAGGCUUAACUGUCUUGAUGAUUAAAACUGACUCGACUGCCUUAAUUGCUUAACUAAUAAAACGUUACAAUAA